UGUGGUGUGUGCGGGCAGGGGAGCCUCGGUCUGCCGGCCUCUUGGAUUUUGUGGGGGUUUUGUGGUUUUUGUUUAAGCCCUUUUUUUGGCCGCCCGCUUCUCCCUCCGCUUUAAUAUAUGCUUCUGGAGAGCGACGUCCCCCCGCGCCGCCUCACCGCCCAGCCAUGUCGGCGGCCAUCUCUGCCGCGGAGAAAGUGGAUGGCUUCACACGGAAAUCGGUGCGCAAGGCUCAGAGGCAGAAGCGCUCGCAGGGCUCCUCGCAGUUCCGCAGCCAGAGCAGCCAGGUGGAGCUCUCGCCGCUGCCCCAGCUCAAAGAUGCCACCUUCAAUGAACAGCAAGAUCUUUUUUGUCAGAAGUUGCAACAGUGUUGUGUCCUCUUUGACUUCAUGGACUCUGUUUCAGACCUGAAAAGCAAAGAAAUUAAGAGAGCAACACUGAAUGAACUGGUUGAAUAUGUUUCAACGAAUCGUGGAGUGAUUGUUGAAUCAGCAUAUGCUGACAUAGUGAAAAUGAUUAGUUCUAAUAUUUUCAGAACACUUCCACCCAGUGAUAAUCCAGAUUUUGAUCCAGAAGAAGAUGAACCAACUCUUGAAGCCUCAUGGCCCCACAUACAGUUGGUGUAUGAAUUCUUCCUGAGGUUUUUGGAGAGCCCGGAUUUUCAGCCUAGCAUUGCAAAGCGGUAUAUUGACCAGAAGUUUGUACAGCAGUUGUUGGAGCUCUUUGAUAGUGAAGACCCACGAGAACGUGAUUUCCUAAAGACAGUUCUUCAUCGAAUCUACGGGAAAUUCCUCGGUUUAAGAGCAUUCAUCAGGAAACAGAUCAACAACAUUUUCCUCAGGUUUAUAUAUGAAACAGAGCACUUCAAUGGUGUUGCUGAACUCCUUGAGAUAUUAGGAAGUAUUAUCAAUGGCUUUGCACUGCCACUGAAAGCAGAACACAAACAGUUCCUUAUGAAAGUUCUGAUUCCCAUGCAUACUGCAAAGGGAUUAGCUUUGUUCCAUGCACAGCUCGCCUAUUGUGUUGUACAGUUCCUGGAAAAAGAUACAACUUUAACAGAGCCUGUCAUCAGAGGACUGCUCAAAUUUUGGCCAAAAACGUGCAGUCAGAAAGAGGUCAUGUUUUUAGGUGAAAUUGAAGAAAUCUUAGAUGUAAUAGAACCGACUCAGUUCAAAAAGAUAGAAGAGCCUUUAUUUAAGCAAAUAUCCAAGUGUGUGUCAAGUUCCCAUUUUCAGGUUGCGGAAAGAGCUUUAUACUUCUGGAAUAAUGAAUAUAUCCUCAGCCUGAUCGAGGAGAACAUUGAUAAAAUCCUCCCCAUUAUGUUUGGCAGUUUGUACAAGAUUUCCAAAGAACAUUGGAAUCCAACCAUCGUGGCACUGGUGUACAACGUGCUGAAAACCCUGAUGGAAAUGAAUGGCAAGCUUUUCGAUGAGCUCACAAGCUCGUACAAGGCAGAAAGACAAAGAGAGAAAAAGAAAGAGUUGGAACGUGAAGAGCUGUGGAGAAAGCUGGAGGAGUUAAAGCUGAAGAAGGCGAUGGCAGAGAAGCAGAACAGCUCCCACACUGUGCUCAACGCACACAGCACAAGUGCCAAGUAACGGAGCCGGGCGCCCCGGCUCGGCAGACACACACUUUUUGUACCCUUUUGAGAUACGUAAGGAUUUGCAAGAGAAACCUCAUCAGUAUAACAGCAGCAGCCACUUUUAUUUCCCUCUGGCAAACGUAAAGAUCUGAGUUGCAAUACAGCAGUUAAGUGAUGUCAUACCACAGCAUAUUGUAAACCUGUCUGAUUAUCGGUAUCCUGUCACCUCCAACGUUUCCUAGGCCUGAAUUAGCAUCCUUUAAUGAGUGAAAUUCUUCCGGGAGUGGUGAGAAUUAUGACUUGAAUUUCUGAUUGUGUUGCACAUAGGUGGUAGAGUUUGCUCUGUACACAUUUUUCCUUGUUUUUUCUAUGUGCUUUUCACAUCGCUGCAUACUUUGGUUAAGGCAAUAGAAAAGGCUUCUAGUUGUGCUGUAUUUUCUCAAAUAGAACCAAGGUACGUAACCAGUAA